CGAGUCGCCGUCGAAAGCCAGUACGACGAGCGCGACGUCGCCCUGUACAACCUCGGAAUCGGAGCCAACGAAAAGGACCUCGAAUACAUUUACGAAGGCGAUGAUGCCUUCGAGGCUAUUCCAACCUUUGGUGUUCUGCCCAUGAUCGAUGCCAUGCACCAAUUUCCAUUGGACUUCUUGCCCAAUUUUGAGCCUGCCAAGCUGCUUCACGGGGAACAGAGCCUGCGUAUCCUAGGCCCGAUUCCGACACGCGGCAAGCUGGUGUCGAACGCACAGCUGAUCGAGUGUCUAGACAAAGGCAAGGCAGUGAGCGUCGUGCUCAAGACGACGACGAAGACGAGCGCUGCAAACCCCGGGGGGGAGAAGGUACUCUUUGAGAAUGUAUCCACACUCUUCAUCCGUGGCAGCGGCGGCUUCGGCGGACAAAGGCACAGCACUAGGAGCGACGAAUCCACCGCGACCAAUCGUCCACCUGCUCGGAAGCCCGAUGCCAUCAUGUUCCACACGACAAGCGCUAAUCAGGCCGCACUCUACCGUCUCUCGGGAGACUACAACCCUCUGCAUGUUGAUCCAGAGUUUGCAGAGAUGGGCGGCUUCAGCAAGGCAAGUCACCGUCGUUGCUUUUGCGUUAUAUUUGUUCUUCUUGUUGUUCGUGGUAAUACGGUCCAGAUGCUGACCGAUUGGCUUUUUCCACUAUAG